CGCUGUUGCCGGUCCACACUCGUAUCUCGCCGCACUUUGCAGCAGCCACAGCCAGCAGCGCGUGGUCACUAUCUGUGUGUGAACUGUAGACUAUGGCAGCAAACCGGGUGGGCAGACGAUUAAAUAAUAAGACACAUUCCCCCAGCAGGGGUAACAGGGAGCCGGGACUGGCGGUACAGAAGAGGCAAGCCCGCGUUACGGUGAAGUAUGAUAGGAAGGAAUUGCAGAGACGCUUGGACGUGGAGAAAUGGAUCGACGAGCGGCUGGUGGAGCUCUACCUGGGCAGGGAAGCAGAGAUGCCAGAAGAAGUGAAUAUUGACAGCUUGCUCGACCUUCCUAGCGAUGAGGAAAGGGCCAGACAACUGCAGGAUAUUUUGCAUAACUGUAACAACAACACAGAAGUAUUUAUUCGUGAGCUCAUCUUCAAGCUUCAUGGACUUCAAAAGCAGGAUGUUCUUCACAACAGCGGGAUAGAACCCCACAACUAGGGAAAUGGUUGAUGUAGGGGAAGGCUGAAGGUGACAGGCAGUGAAGAAGAGGAGAAAUCAACUGACCAUUCCGUUUUCUUGACGGUUAAGGGGGGGGGGGGCGCUGUUUUUUCUUUUUUUUUUUUUUAACGUUAAUUUAAGCUUAUAUGUACACACAGGGCCCACCCUGUCCACCAAGCAGGUGACUUACCUGCUUGCACUUGUCUCCAACCUUGAAAGACUGUCUAGUUGUGAAAGGAUCCCACUCGUAUCAAGCAUGUUCUCAUUUUUGGGUAAGGGAAGGUGUGGCAGCAGCACACUUUAUACUCACGCCUGGCAUAUUGACAAAAGGGCUCCUUUAAAUAAAGGCACUAUAUGCUGGGCUUAAACUCUGACCAAAAAAGAUUCACCAAGAUUGUCUCUUUUUUUUACUCUUCAAAAUCCAAAAAGAUGAUAAAUUGAAAUCCCCCUCCACCCAACCUUUACCACUGCCAAGCACUAGUCCAGUCUUUCCACCAAGAUACUGCCUCCUACUGUUCAUAUCACUGUUUCUCAAAGGCGCAGUCUGCUUAUUUGCGGCUGCAGCUUCUUCACUGUGUUUUAAUAAAGCGAUGCUCGUAUACAGCGAAUUAAAUGAAUUACUCGACACUCAGAGCAGCCUGCUGAAUAUCGCAGCUUUGAGUUGUGCCAAGUAGUGCUUCUCAGCAAUGGGCGAUGGGCACUUUGGGUUCUUCUUAUAUAUUGAAUGCAUUUAAUACCAACUUUUACUGCUUUUUUUACUGUUUUAAUCUGAAUGUACAGUAUUUGUUUUGUUUUUUUUUUAGUUUUUGUUGUAGAUUUUUCAACACUGUAAUAAAUUAUGUAUUCAACCAAAAGCAUGCGACCCAGUGAGGUAAAGUUUGGAUCUCCUCCUUUGUGAAAGAGUUUCGAGCAGAACAUUUAGUACUGACAUUUUACAGGACAGCUGUGUGUGUGUGUGUGUGUAUAAAAUACUAGAAAACACAUGGACCUCCAUCACUCUUCCCAACAAGGUUCCAGCACCAGCAGGUUGUUUGCUGUAUGUGCUUGAUGCACAGCAGAUGCCAACGCUGUCCUCCUUCUUCCUAUCAUGUAAUCAGCUUCUGCAAUUUGCUCCAUGCUCGGCAGAUGUUGCCACUCUUUUUUUUUUUUUCUUCCUGCAAUGUUCUCUUCUUGAUCAGCUUGCCAUAAGAAAGACGUGAACCCUGAUAACUAGGCAGUCAUUGCUGCUAGCCAUAUCUUUUGCCUUUUCAGCUCAUUAUUACAUCAUAAUAUUUUAAUUAUGAGCAAGGUAAAGGUUCUUGCUCCAGGGGGUCACAAUUAAUCACAUGACAGAUGAACAGCCCUUAGCAUAGCAUUUUCCAACCCUUGGUGGCAUUGAAGGUGGGCUGCGGCUAACCCCUAAUGUAACCUCACCCCCCAACAUACACGCCCCGCCGACGAGCAAGUUCGUCACAGCAGUGGAAUCGGAGGUGAAUCACAGCCAUCUCUGGAUGAACCCCAAUCCAAUGGUCCAAGGAUCACACUCGGUUCACAGUGGCAGCUACACAGGUGGAUUGUGGAUGGUCUUGAAUGACCUCACUAAUCCCCAAUCUGAGAAGCAUGCUCAAAGCAAGAAGGGGGAAAUGGUUUGACGACCGUGCUCAAUUCACUGAGAGGGACCACCGCGCUCAGACGAUUAUGCUGAAUUCAUGAACACACUGGCAUGUAGAAAACUGGGUUGACACCACAAAUGCUGAGAAACACUGCCUUAGCAUUAUUUUUAUAUGUAUAUAAUAUAUAUAUAUAUAUAUAUAAAGUGUGUGUGUGUGUGUGUGAUGAGGCAAAACAUUAUGACCACCUUCUUCGUAUCCUGUUGCUCCUCUGAAGGUGGUAUGUGGCACCAGGACAUUGGUGGCAGAUCCUUGAACUUCUGUAAGUUGCAAGGUACAGCUGCCUGCGGAUCAGACUUGUUCCAAUAUAUCCCACAGAUGGCCUAAUUGGGUUGACAUCUGGGAGACUAUGGCAACAUCUUGAACUCUGUAUCAUGUUCCUCAGUUCAUUCCCAAACAAUUUGUGCAGUGAGGCACGUAACAUUAUCCUGGUGAAAAAUGCCACUUCCGUGGAGACUCAUCAUUACCAUGAAAAGGUUUAUCUGGUUGGCAAUGAUGUUUACGGAUCUGGUACGUGACAAAUGAAUGUCCACUUGAAUGCUUGAGCCCAGGGGUUCCCAGAACAACAUUGUCCAAUGAAUCACUCUCUCUCUGCCGGCUUGUGUUCAUCCCCAGGUAAACCACACACACAAGUAGCCAGCAAUCCAGGUGAUGCAACAGAAAACAGGAUUCAUCGGACCAGGAAAUCCACCUUCCAUUCAUCCAAGGUCCACCUCUGAUGCUUGCAUGGCCUUUGCAGGCACUUUACAAGGGGUCAAAGGUUUGCAUGGACACACUGGCCUGCGGCUACAGGGUUUGAUGCACUCUGCAUCUUGACACACUACUCCCUUAACCUUCAUUAAAACUGUCUGUGCUUUAUGCCACAGUAGCCCUUCUGUUGGUUCAUACCAGACAUAUUGCCAUUGCAGGCCUCUUGCAGUGAUGAGUCUUGGUCACUCAACACCCCUGUCGGCAGUUUGUGUUUUUUUUCUCCCCGGACCACUCUUAGUGGGUACUUGCUAUGCUUAACUAUGAGCACCACACAAGCCUUGCUGUUUUGUAAAUGUCCUGACCCAGUCAUCUGGCUGUAAGGAUCUGUUCCUUUACAACGUCCUUCAGCUCUUCACACCUGCCCAUUCCACACGUGGACCAUGCAUACCUAACGUCAGCUCUGAUAUGUUCUUGACUUUGACAUGCGCUCGAGAUAGUUGGCGUCGAUCCCUUUAUGUGGAAAUGGUCAGAAUGUUUUAGCUCAUCAGUGUGUGUGUGUAUACAGUAUAUAUAAAUGUAUUCUUCUCUACCUUAUUCUGUUGUACAAUGUGUGUAUGUGUUUAUACACAUUUAUAUGUUCCGUGUAUGUUAAUGAGCGAGUGCCUGAGAAAUUAACAGAACACUUAUAUUUAGUCUAUAAAUUGAAUUAAAUAAACCACCCUAAGGAUUCCAUAAGUUACUUUCCAUGACAGUUAUUGUAAAUGGCACAAUCACACCUCCCUUUACAAACUGUGUUGGACCAUUGAGCUUAGGAGUUCAAGCCAAUACCGUCUUCCCACAUUUAAAACCCAAGUCCAAAGCCCUAAAUCCCAAAGUAUCAUUGUUUCCAUGCACCGCUAAUGCUGGCAGACUCCAUCUUUUCUGUGAAAUGGAACCAUUGUUUGACACUCCGUAUCCCCCCCCAUAGUGAUCUCCAAUGGUGGUGGUCUGAAGUGUGAUUUUGAGAAGUUUCUAGAGUGAAGCACUGCACUAUCAUUUUGUUUUUCCUUAAUCUCUUUUCAUUCUUGUCUGUCUGCUUUAAGGUUGGUUGAAUGCAGUCAACCCUGGACGGCCGUUUGCCGCUAACUUUCCUUCGGUCUUUUUAGAUCCAUGAGUGUGGCCGUUUGUAACGAUCUCUUUCACCUCCUGUUUCUUAACGAUGUUCUGUAAAGCUUUCAUUUAUACCGCUAACACACAGUGAUUACCUGUACACACAAUUUAUUAAAUAAAGAAACCAAUGUAUUACUGCA